GCCGCCGCCACCGCCGCCGCCGCGACCCCGGCCGACAUGGCGGCGGUGUUGCAGCAAGUGCUGGAGCGCCCGGAGCUGAACAAGCUCCCCAAGUCGACCCAGAACAAACUUGAGAAGUUCCUAGCUGAUCAGCAGUCCGAGAUCGAUGGCCUGAAGGGGCGGCACGAGAAAUUUAAGGUCGAGAGCGAGCAACAGUACUUUGAGAUAGAGAAGAGGUUGUCCCAGAGUCAGGAGAGGCUUGUGAAUGAGACCCGCGAAUGUCAGAACUUGCGGCUGGAGCUUGAGAAGCUAAAUAACCAAGUAAAAGUGUUAACUGAGAAAAACAAAGAACUUGAAACUGCUCAAGAUCGUAAUCUAGGCAUUCAGAGCCAGUUUACAAGAGCAAAGGAAGAGUUAGAAGCUGAAAAAAGAGACCUAAUCAGAACCAAUGAGAGAUUGUCUCAGGAAGUUGAAUAUUUAACAGAGGAUGUUAAACGUCUAAAUGAAAAACUUAAAGAAAGCAACACGACGAAGGGUGAACUUCAGUUAAAGUUGGAUGAACUUCAAGCUUCUGAUGUUGCUGUGAAGUACCGAGAAAAACGCUUAGAACAAGAAAAGGAGUUGCUGCACAACCAGAACUCAUGGCUCAGUGCAGAGUUGAAAACCAAAACUGAUGAGCUGUUGGCUCUCGGGAGAGAAAAAGGAAACGAAAUUCUGGAACUCAAGUGUAAUCUUGAAAACAAAAAGGAAGAGGUUUUGAGACUGGAAGAACAGAUGAAUGGCUUAAAAACAUCAAAUGAACAUCUUCAGAAACAUGUAGAGGAUUUGUUGACAAAAUUAAAAGAGGCCAAAGAACAGCAAGCCAGUAUGGAAGAGAAAUUCCACAAUGAAUUGAAUGCUCACAUAAAACUCUCCAAUCUGUACAAGAGUGCCGCUGACGACUCCGAGGCUAAGAGCAAUGAACUGACCCGGGCGGUGGAUGAACUGCACAAACUUCUGAAAGAAGCUGGGGAAGGGUCAAAGAAUGACGAGAUUAUUGCCAUUUCACCACGGAUAACCCUAGAAAUAAAUCUAAUGAGAGAAAAUAGAGUGGCCCCUCACAUUGUAGUCAGUAUACUAAUUAUUCCUCUCAUUUUCCCUGCCACCCUAGUUAACUGGUGA